UUUAAUCUAUGGUAUUACUGUACUGUCACAAUAUCUGGUACUAUCAAUAAAGUCGGUAUCAAAUUUCAAAUAUUUUCUCUUUAAAAAGUCUUCAUUCUUGAUGAUAUUUUUAUUUAAAUUAUUAAUGAAUAAAAAUAACCCGUUGACUUAUCUUUCACUUAACAAUAUUUUAAACUUUAAAAUAUGCUGCCUGGAAUUGGUGUCUUUGGAACAGGUAAAGUAAUUGAAAUAAUUGUUCCAUUUUUACGAGAAAAAGGGUUUAAAGUAGAGGCAUUAUGGGGUAGAACUAUAAAUGAAGCUGAAGAAGCUGCUAGAAGACUUCAAAUACCAUAUUGUACGAAUAAAAUUGAUAAUGUAUUGUUACGCAAAGAUGUAGAUCUUAUUUUUAUUGUAUGUUCACCAAAUUUACAUGCUCAAAUUGCUGUAAAAGCUUUAGGUAUAGGGAAACAUGUAUUGUGUGAUAAACCAGCAGGGUUAUGUCAAAAUGAAGCCAUUAAAAUGGUUCAUGCAGCCCAAUAUUAUCCAUCAUUAAUUUCUAUUGUAAACCACAGUUUAAGAUUUUUACCAGCCUUUGUACAAAUGAGGAGACAUAUCUUUGAAAAUAAAAUUGGGAAUGUAUUUUUAUGUGAUGUAAAAGUACAAAUGGGUCGAUUAUAUAAUGAAGCCUAUAAUUGGUUAUGUGAUAAAACAAUGGGUGGUGGAGUCUUGACUUUAGUUGGUAGUCAUGUAAUAGAUUUAGUAACCUAUUUGACUAACCAAAAAGCUAUUAGAGUACAUGGUAUAGUUAAAACAUUUAAUAAAGACUUUAAAUGCAUGACUGGUGUCAGGCAAGUAACUAGUCCAGAUUUUUGUACUUUUCAAAUGGAGAUGUCCAAUAGAUCAUUGGUAACAGUUACAUUAAAUAACCAUUUGCCUGGAACUUACAUUCAGGAAGUACUUAUGUGUGGCAGUGAAGGAAAUUUGAUUGUUAAAGGUGGAGAUUUAUACAAAGAUAAAGAUGAAGUAUUAUACUUAGAUGUAGAAGACAUGCAAAAAUCAGAUGCCAUUAAUGCAGUAUCUGCAGAUAUAAUGCCAAGACCAUGCAUGAAAGGUUUAUUAAAAAUGAUAAGUGCUUUAAAAGAAGCAUUUCUUCCAGUUGAAGAUAAGAGAGGAUGGAUUAAAUAUCCAGUUUCAGCAGCAGCCACUUUUGAGGAUAGUUUGUAUGUACAAGCUGUUAUAGAUGCUAUUCGUACAUCCAGUGUCAACAAAGAAUGGGUUAAAGUAGAAAUAAUAACUGAAGAACCUGAUCCUAAUCCUUUACUUAGUGCUGCUGUCAGAAAAAGUGGUAUGUCUAUUUAA